AUGGCUCAACGUAUCACUUACAGAAGAAGAAACCCUUAUAACACCAGAUCCAACAAAGUCAAGGUUGUUAAAACUCCAGGUGGAAAAUUAGUUGCUCAACACUUGAAAAAACAAGCUACUAGACCAAAAUGUGGUGACUGUGGUAACGUUUUAGCUGGUAUUUCUACUUUAAGACCAAGAGAGUACGCCAGUGUUUCCAAAACUCACAAGACCGUCCAAAGAGCUUACGGUGGUUCUAGAUGUGCUGGUUGUGUUAAAGAAAGAAUUAUUAGAGCUUUCUUAAUUGAAGAACAAAAGAUUGUUAAAAGAGUUUUGAAAGAACAACAAGAAAAGGAAAAGAAAACCGCUUCUAAA